CUUGUGCCGAGAAUAACGUCUCUGGAAAGCGCUCCGGUCGCGCAGUCACGCCGCAUGAGCUCACCGUACGCGGCGUGCAAGUCGUCUUCUUAAUCACCCGGCAAAGUUGUUUCCCGGGUAUUACCAUUCGGUAUAGUUCAUCACCAUGGCCGUCUCGAUGCGUCUGAACACCCAGGUAUCUGGCCGUGCCACUGGCGCUCCUCGCCAGGGCCGUCGCCUGACGGUGCGCGUCCAAGCCUAUGGCAUGAAGGCCGAGUACAUCUGGGCGGAUGGCAACGAAGGCAAGGCCGAGAAGGGCAUGAUCUUCAACGAGAUGCGCUCGAAGACCAAGUGCUUCGAGGCUCCCCUUGGCCUGGACGCCUCGGAGUACCCCGACUGGUCGUUCGAUGGCUCGUCCACCGGCCAGGCUGAGGGCAACAACUCGGACUGCAUCCUGCGCCCCGUGCGCGUGGUGACCGACCCCAUCCGCGGUGCCCCCCACGUGCUGGUGAUGUGCGAGGUGUUCGCCCCCGAUGGCAAGCCCCACUCCACCAACACCCGCGCCAAGCUCCGCGAGAUCAUUGACGACAAGGUCACUGCCGAGGACUGCUGGUACGGCUUCGAGCAGGAGUACACCAUGCUGGCCAAGACCUCUGGCCACAUCUACGGCUGGCCCGCUGGCGGCUUCCCUGCUCCCCAGGGCCCCUUCUACUGCGGUGUGGGCGCUGAGUCCGCCUUCGGCCGCCCCCUGGCUGAGGCCCACAUGGAGGCCUGCAUGAAGGCCGGUCUGGUCAUCUCCGGCAUCAACGCCGAGGUGAUGCCCGGCCAGUGGGAGUACCAGAUCGGCCCCGUCGGCCCUCUGGCCCUGGGCGACGAGGUGAUGCUGUCCCGCUGGCUGCUGCACCGCCUGGGCGAGGACUUCGGCAUUGUGUCGACCUUCAACCCCAAGCCCGUGCGCACCGGUGACUGGAACGGCACUGGCGCCCACACUAACUUCUCGACCAAGGGCAUGCGCGUGCCCGGCGGCAUGAAGGUGAUUGAGGAGGCCGUGGAGAAGCUGUCCAAGACCCACAUCGAGCACAUCACCCAGUACGGCAUUGGCAACGAGGCGCGCCUGACCGGCAAGCACGAGACCUGUGACAUCAACACCUUCAAGCACGGUGUGGCUGACCGCGGCUCUUCCAUCCGCAUUCCCCUGCCCGUCAUGCUCAAGGGCUACGGCUACCUGGAGGACCGCCGCCCCGCUGCCAACGUCGACCCCUACACCGUGGCGCGCCUGCUGAUCAAGACCGUGCUCAAGGGCUAAAUGCCCAACGUCGGGGUCGGCGGGUAUGUAGUAGUGAUGGAGGGCGAGCGCUUGUUGAUGACGGGAGGUCAUUGAAAGGUGGGGGCUGUGCCGCUUUCAGGCGGUCAGUCAGUAUUCGGGAUAUUCGGGCAACAUGAGCGCAAUGGAGCGCCUCGGAAGGAGAUGCAUUCCAUCAUAAGCGCCUGUACUGUUUUGUGGGUCUUGGGAUUGCCUGGACUCAAUACGUAACCAAGGAGUGACGCGCGGCAUAUGCGCUAGCAAGUAUUACACGAGAAGAAUGACACGACAGCUGGUUUGGGCGAGACAUGGCCUUGCGUGUAUUCCAGGAUACUUGCCGCCAUGAGGCGUGUGUUUUGGGUGACUCUUGACCGUGUGCAUGCAGCGGUUCUCGCUGGAGGCUGGACUUGACCACGAAGUGGUGUGGGGUUGGCACUGCCUUGGACCGAGUCCCCAGCACUUUGACGGUCGCCUGCUCAAUGCGUGCCCGCGUUUGCGCGUUCUGCCGUGCCAAAACGAGCGUGAUGCGUGAGCUACAUUUGGCUCACGAUUUAGUUGUUAGGUCCACUGGUGCAAGUUGACGAGGAUGGUGUCAGGGGCAUAAACUGACACAGGUGGUCAGCUAGGGUUGUUGCCGUAAUGCACACCUCUAGCCAAGACAGGUGCGUGUACACGCGGCAGCGGAAAGUUUCCGUGUAACUGACGCAAAUG